CUAAAACAUGGCGUCGUUCGGCAGUAGAGUGUGACAUUUCUAUUACUUCGGUACAUUAUUUUCUUUAAUGACCUCUUAGGGAAAAAAUCUUAUAUUAAUAUAAUGGGUGUGGUAAGACAUGUCGUGUGCGCUAUGUCGGGUGGGGUCGACAGCUCAGUCAGCGCACUUCUACUCAAACGCAGAGGUUACUUCGUCACUGGGGUGUUUAUGAAGAACUGGGACUCCCUGGAUGAGAAGGGGUCGUGCACGUCGGAAAAGGACUGCGAAGACGCGUAUAAAGUGUGCCAGUUGCUGGAUAUGCCCUUUCACCAGGUCUCCUAUGUCAAAGAGUACUGGCAUGAAGUGUUUAGUAAUCUUCUUGGGGAAUACCAGAAGGGCAGAACACCAAAUCCAGACAUAAUGUGCAACAAACACAUCAAAUUUAAACACUUCUAUAAUUAUGCAAUCAAUACUUUAGGUGCUGAUGCGAUGGCAACUGGUCACUAUGCAAGGACAUCUCUGGAAGAUGAGGAGGUUUUUCAGCAGUCACAAACUCCUGCAUUACAUGCUCUCUUUAGAGAUCGCUUUGAGGUUAGAAAUGCUGUGAGGCUGUAUCAAGGUGCUGAUCGCCUUAAAGACCAAACCUUUUUCCUCAGCCAAAUCUCCCAGGAUGCAUUGCGACAGACCAUUUUCCCCCUGGCAGGGCUGACUAAAGAUUUUGUGAAGAAGAUAGCUGCUGAGGCUGGUUUCCAUCACGUCCUGAAUAAGAAGGAGAGCAUGGGAAUCUGCUUCAUUGGCGAGCGACAUUUCGAGGACUUCAUCCUUGAGUACUUGGAGCCCAGACCUGGACAUUUCGUCUCCAUUGACGAUGGGAAGAUAAUGGGAGAGCAUAAAGGCUGGUUCACGUUUACCUUGGGGCAGAGGGCAAGGAUACCAGGACAAAGAGAUGCAUGGUUUGUGGUUGAUAAAGAUAUCACAACUGGAGACAUCUUUGUUGGUCCUACCACCAACCAUCCAGCACUGUUACGGGACACUGUGCAGACUGAUCGCUUCCACUGGAUCACGGAGGAGCCUCCUGCUGAACUGGUCCACACUCAGAUGAUGGAGUGCCACUUCCGCUUCAUACACCAGAUGCUGCUGAUGCCAUGCACUGUGACCCUAAAUCUCGAUGGAUCAGUCUGGAUAACAACAAAAAAACCACUGAGGGCACUGACACCUGGGCAGUUUGCUGUACUGUAUAAAGGGGACGAGUGUCUGGGCAGUGGGAAGAUUGUUCGGCUGGGCCCCAGUGAGCACACCCUCCGGGGGGUCCGACGUCAGCUGAGCCAGGCACAAGCAGCCAGAGACUUGGAGAGACCACCGGAGCCGGCCAGCUAACAGCUGGACUGCCCCCUAACCAGCGUGCAUGCAUGCAUCAGCCUCUGGGAACAUUCUUCUCCAUGUGCUCGUUCCUAGUGGUGACUGGCCGUGCAGGUGAAGGGCUAACCCGCAGACUGUGUUCUGGAGAUGUUCGUAGGCGAAUUCAGAACUCUGGAGGUGACAAAAGAAUCACAAUAAUGCUGACUGGGUGAUGUGGAGAGAAACAGGUUUUGACAAUAUGAUGUUGUAUUUGUAGCCUGAAAAAGAGUUUUAAGACCAUACUAAUUCAGUUAAUAAUUGAAAUAAUCCAAUAAGUAAAUAUUAUACAGGUGAUUCUUUAAAUGUAUUAAAGUGUAUUAAUUUUUUUACUAAAUGAUGUAAUGAAUCUGACAUAGAAACAAUCUGAGACAAAUUUUGCAUACUCACUUGCUCAGUUUUAGUGUUUAAAAAUGACAUUUGAUUUGGUUACCUUUUGAGGCCUGUAUAUCGAUAUUAGCAGUUCUAAAGUAAUAAACGUCAUAUGGUAUAUUUA